AUUGUCGCCUCUCGCGUCAAAUUUUUAUAAAUUGGAUUGGACCGAUUUCAGAGCAUUCAGUUUGGACACGAUUCUCUAUCAAAAUGUCACACUACAUGCCACACUACUUUUCACUGCUGCUCUUUGCAGUCCUGCUGGCGCUGGGUUCUGCGCAAUACUAUACCCAAUACAACCCCUACUACACGGCGAGUCCCACGUUCUCCAGCUUGAACAACUAUUACUACCAGACAACGCCGUAUCCCUACUAUUACAGCACGUAUACGACACCGAGUCCCUAUUCCAAUACCCAGAUUAGGAUCUGGCCCUAUGUCAUCGGCCAAUAUCUGUAUCCCACGUACUACAACACCAACUACUACAAUCCAUAUGCCACGUUGAGCAAUUCCAAUUGGCAAAGCUACUAUGCGAAUGUUUAUGGAACGAGAAUGGGCAAGAAGUAGUCCCUAACUCAAACUAAGUGUUUUUUUCAUUUGUUAAGAUGUUCAGCCAAUGCAAAUAAAAUAUUUAU